UUUGGCACUGCUUCUUUUGCUAUCUCUCUCGCUCUUAACAUUCUCAUGACGUCCCUCAUCGCUGGAAGAAUCUAUUCUCUCGCUCGGCAGAAUAGGAUUGCUCUCUCGGCUCGCCACACGAAACAAUACAUGUCGAUCAUAGGCAUCAUCCUCGAAUCUGGUGCUCUGUUCACUGCGGCUCAAGUCGUCUUCCUG